GCACGCUGCAGUCGACAAUUUUCACGUCUUUUAGAUGAUCCUGACUGUUGUUGAUAACCAAAUCGUAUACAAUUUGUUCCGAACAAAUCAAAGAUGUAUUCUACAUGUUUGAGAAUGAACUUGAUCGCUUCCAUGCGACCAUAUCGCUCGGUACAAAAAAGUUUACAAGGUCAAUUCCGAACUUGCUGUGCUGGUCACGGUUCCGACAAAAUACCAACAAACUCUUCUACUAAGUUGAAAGAUGGUCCGUCAUUGCAAGACUUUUUGAAAUACUCGACAGAAGAACUAAGACCCGUAGAAAUCGGUGAGGAAGAUACUGUUCCGUACUUGAAUGAAGACGAUAUGUGGGGAGGAAGGCGGAAGGUUUAUUUUGAGACGUACGGCUGCCAAAUGAACGUCAGUGACACAGAGAUUGCCUGGUCAGUGUUGAAGGAUAGUGGCUACCAGAGGACCGAAUCUGUCAACGAUGCAGAUGUCAUCCUUGCUGUGACGUGUGCUAUCAGGGAAAAUGCAGAGCAGAAAAUCUGGACACGUCUACAGGAGUUUCGCGCAAUGAAGACAAGAAGAAACAAAAGCAGACCUCUUAAAGUCGGUGUCCUGGGUUGUAUGGCUGAGAGACUGAAGAAGGAUCUACUGGAGAGAGAGAAGUCAGUAGAUCUGAUCGCCGGUCCAGAUGCGUACAGGGACCUUCCCAGGCUGCUGUCAGUCACGGAGUCAGGACAACAAGCCGCCAACGUGGUGCUGUCAUUGGACGAGACAUACGCUGAUGUCAUGCCUGUCAGGAUGAACGCAGGGGCACCUACUGCCUUUGUCUCCAUCAUGCGAGGAUGUGACAACAUGUGCAGUUACUGCAUAGUACCUUUCACUCGUGGGAGGGAGAGAAGCCGACCAAUCAAAUCAAUCCUAGAGGAGGUCAGGGCGCUGUCUGGACAGGGUGUAAAGGAGGUAACAUUACUGGGACAGAAUGUCAACAGUUACAGGGACAUGUCAGAACAGCAGCAUCAGCUGGCAGACAGCCCAACCAACCUCAGCGCUGGCUUUGGCACUAUCUAUAGGAAGAAGAAGGGAGGACUGCGUUUUUCUGCCCUGUUAGACAGAGUUGCCCAGGUAGACCCAGAGAUGAGAAUAAGGUUUGUUUCUCCACAUCCAAAGGACUUUCCUGAUGAGGUGUUACAGCUGAUUCGAGACAGACCAAACAUCUGUAACCACCUGCACCUGCCAGCACAGAGUGGCUCGUCCCAAGUGCUGCAGAGCAUGCGGAGGAACCACACCCGUGAGGCGUACCUGGAGCUGGUACAGCACGUCAAGAAGGUCAUACCAGAUGUUUCCCUGUCCAGUGACUUCAUAGUUGGGUUCUGUGGAGAGACUGAAGAUGACCACAACCAGACCCUAUCACUGGCCAGACUAGUCAGAUAUGACAAUGCAUACCUGUUUGCUUAUAGCAUGAGAAAGAAAACUCAUGCCUAUCACAAACUCAUGGAUGAUGUGCCAGCAGAUGUGAAGCAGCGCCGCCUAGCGGAACUGAUUAAUGUGUGCAGGCAGGGCAUGGCUGAGGCCAAUGCAGAGAAAAUAGGACAAGUCCAUCUAGUGCUGGUGGAAGGGGUCAGCAAAAAAUCAGCCAGUGACCUGGCUGGCAGAAAUGAUGGAAACACAAAGGUCAUCAUCCCAAAUAUGGACAUCCCUGAUGAGGUCGGAGGUCAGAAGAGCUCACCAAUGAAAACAGGUGACUACGUUGCAGUCAAGAUAACAUCCUACACCUCCCAGGUGCUGAAGGGCAUUCCAUUGGCUCACACUAGCCUGCAGGGGUUUCGCUAUAUGGAAUUGCAGGGACAAAGAGCAGUCAACAGUGCUCAAACAUAAUUGUUAAGAAGGACAUAUUGCAGCAAUUGCAUAUGCAGAAAUUCGACAUAAAACUUAGUAAAAGUAUGAGAGGAAAGAUGGAAAAUAAAGUAUGAAUUAUUAUUUAUUGACAUCAGUUAUUGAGAGGCUGCUUUAAUGGUGAUGGACAAGGAAGGAUUUUUGGAGGUAUCUUUUAGACCAGACAUUACACCACUUUCUCUGUAGUAAAAUGGCAAUACAAGCAACUUCCAUCCUUGCGUAUAGAUGCUUAGUUGUAAAAUUCUAAUGGUCAACAAAAUGAGGUUCAUCCAGAUUUGAAAAUAAGGACUGUUCCCAUCUGUUUUGGGCUGACUAAAGGAGAAACAAUAUCCCCAACAUUUCACUCAUGGUACCUUGGAUUGCUGUACUAGGCAUAUACAUUUUCAUACUUGAGUAGAUAAGACUUGGAAAUUCUACAACUUGAUAUAAAAGUUCUUACUAUUGUCUGAACUUCAAACAAAGCUUUUGAAUACUUCUGC